UCUCAUGGCGGCUUCGGCUACUCCUGUGCUGCUUGGUCUUCGAGACGCUGAGAUGAGGGACAACUUUGAGGAGCCCCAGGAUGGAACGUGGGCUAUCAAUAAAAUGGGCGGCAUCCCGGAUAGUCUGCCCGCAGUCCCCGCCCCCCGGCCGGGCUGCGGUCGCUGUGGGGCUGCGAUGGCCCACGUCGUCCAGGUCUACUGCCCGCUGGAAGGCUCGCCUUACCACCGCCUGCUGCACGUGUUCGCCUGUGUCCACUUGGAUUGCGUGGGCCAGCCGUAUAGCUGGAAGGUGUUUCGCUCCCAGUUUUUGCAGAUGCAAGAAGAGUACACACAGGAUUCCAAACUAAAGCAGAAAGAGGAGAAUAACUUUGCAGUUAAAGACUGGUGUGAAGGAGCAGAGGACUGGGGAGACAACAGUGAAAGUGAUCUUGCACCAUCGAUUACCAAUGAUCUGCUUGAUUCAAAUGUAGGAGAUAAUUUUAAUGUAGAUGAAGACAUAGAAUGUAUGUCCCAACUCCAAGAACUCACACUAGAUAAAGCUUUAAGUGACUCUCGUUCCUGUGGUCAUACAAUACCAGCUGGAGAAGGACAUGUACUGCCCAGCUCAUCAGUUCCUGUGUUUCAGCCCUACUAUAUCAGUGUUGUUGAUGAGGAAGAUUAUACUAACUUUGUCGAUACAAAUCAUGCCCAAAAACUUCUGCAGGAGUAUAGACAAAGGGAGGGAGUUGAAUUGGAAUUUCUGAUAGCUCAAAGUAUCAUUUUUGACAAUAGUGAAAAAUAUGAAAAGGCCGUUUCUAAAAGUAAUGAUAAGAUAUUUUAUAAAUUUAUGAAAAGAAUAUCUGCCUGCCGUGAACAGAUUCUGAGGUACUCUUGGAAUGGGCAGCCUCUCUUUAUAACCUGUCCUUCAUCAGAUGCUACUGAGAUUCCAUCCUGCAGUAACUGUGGGAGCUGUAGAAUAUUUGAGUUUCAGCUUAUGCCUGCAUUGGUCAGCAUGCUUAAAAAUACUCUGCUAGAUAUCUCUGUUGAAUUUGGAACAAUUUUAAUUUAUACUUGUCAGAAGAGCUGUUGGCCCUCUAAUCAUCAAAAUCCAAUGGAAGAGUUUUGUGUUAUACAGGAAGAUCCAGAUCAAAUGUUAUUUAAAUAGAAUCUUUCCUCUUGCGUAAAUAAAGUUUAAUUUUUAAACUAGCAAAAGCACUGGUGUUAAAAAGAAGAGUUUUUGUGGCAGUAGGCAUCUGGGGGUCAUUAGAAGUAUUGUGCAAUUUCCCAAGUGUAAUUCAACCCAAUUUUCUCGUAUUCAUUUAUUGUUCACAUGACUAAUUUUCUCCUAGGAAUGCUAUAUUGCUGUGAAUCACAGAAUACCAGGGUCUCAAAAGAAUUAGAAUUGUAUAUGACUUUAAGUGAUGAAGAAACAUACGGUGUGUAUAUAAGUGAACAGCAGCAUAAUUACAUUGGCAUAUAUUUAAGAAAUACCAUAAAAAGAAAUAAUCAAGCACUUGUAUGACUGGAAAUGGAGCUAGGCUGGUUACAGCUCCAGAUGUUAACAGUAUCAGAGAAAGAUCUCCAGCACAUUGGGUAGAUCCUUUCUGGAGAAUUUAUAUAAAGACACAGACAAGAACCAGUUGAGAAGGGAGCACUGGGGACUGUUUUGUAAUUUUCUUUGGUGGGGGUGAGGUAAAUUGGUCUUGGACAUUAAGUUGGAGAAAAUUUUUUCCAUUCCUUUUUUAGUCCCACUGAGGUUAUUUUCCCUCUCCAUGAAAAACC